UCACUCUGUCAUUUAUUUAGUAAUAGCUGAUAGCUGAUGAGCUCAGAUAGGUAAAAUAAGUUGACGUAGAUAAAAGCAAGUACUUCAAGAAAGAUCUAACUAAAUAGUCCUAGUGCUUGGAACAAAUUGGCUAAUAAAGUGUGCACUUCGUGAAUUAGCUAGUUGUUCGACAAGGAAUGUUUAUUACCCAACUUCGGACAGAGACAUUUACAGCAGCAACUGACUUUAAGAACUGGAGCUUCAAGAUUUGGAUUUCACAGAAUUCUUUCCUGACGAGGUUCCGCUAUAAAAGACGAAACACCAGUAAUGGGAAUUAAUACAAACACUGAAAAAAGCAAAAUUGAAAUCAGAAUAGAAGGCACAGAAGAAGAAGAUGGAAAACAUGUUGUUUUGGCUGAUACCGUCAUUAUCAAAGGAAAGGAUAGGGUGGUGCGAAAUAGUAGAAUUUCCGUCCCUAAAUCUUCCUUAGUAGACGUUUACUCCCAAAGGAGUUCUUUGGGAGUAUAUAGUAUCUAUGGUGGAGGGGUUUCAGUUGAAUCUCAGUUUAGAAAAGACCAAGCGCGUCUUUCAAUUGUGUCUAUAAAAAGUGAGAAGGAAAAAUUAGAUCAGGAAAAAUGGUACCAGAUAUUAUUGCAAGUCAGUGUUCCGUUUUUUAUAGCUGGUAUUGGUACCAUUGGUGCGGGAAUAGUAUUGUCAGAAGUUACGAAAUUUAAGGUAUUUCAAGAAGUCAGCGCACUCUUUGUAUUGAUACCGGCUCUAUUAGGAUUAAAAGGAAAUUUAGAUAUGUGUUUGGCCUCACGACUUUCCACACAAGCUAAUUUAGGAAAAUUCGAAAAUAGAGAGGAACUGAUUAAGAUUAUUAUUGGAAACGUCCUUCUAGUACAGAUUCAGUCAAUAGUAGCAUCAUGUGUGGUAUCAGUGUUUGCAGUUGCAGUGUCAGCUGUGUUAAAUGGAAAUUUUGUAUGGGUUCACACUUUACUUUUGGCUGCAGCUAGCACACUAACAGCCACUAUAUCUUGCUUUACGUUAGAUUUGGUUUUGGUAUCAGUUAUAGUUUUGGCACAUAAAUUAAAAUUGAACCCAGAUAAUAUAGCAACACCAAUGGCAGCUAGUAUUGGAGACGUCGUAUCUUUGUUAACAUUAUCAAUAUGGGCCAGAUACCUUCAUACUUUUCAUUUGUCCCAUACCUGGAUUCUGGGAGUUAUUUUAGGAUUCUAUAUUGUAAUCCUGCUUCCUAUUUGGGUCCUUAUCGUUCGCCAAAACCAAUACACCAAAGAUGUUCUGGCUCAUGGUUGGACACCAGUUAUAACAUCUCUUUUCAUCAGUGGGAGUGGAGGAAUUGUCUUGGACGCAGCAGUGGACAGAUUUAGUGGUUAUGCCGUUUUCCAACCGAUUAUUAACGGAAUUGGUGGAAAUUUGGUAUCAGUUCAAGCUAGCAGAGUGUCAACAAUGCUUCAUAAAACUUCAUUUGAAGGUGUCAUACCAUUACAUACCAAACAGUGGGCUACUCCAUUCCAAGCUCUUAUAAGUGGAGUUCUUCCUGCAAAAUCAGCCAGGCUGUUGAUAGCUCUUUCCAUACCAGGCCAUAUACUGUUCGCCUUUGUAGCGGACCUCAUCUACAGCAAAGGAGCUGUGUCCUUAAAUCCAUUCUUCUUAAUGACCUACAUUGCUGUUGGUUUCAUCCAAAUUGUAUUCCUUCUCUACAUUUGUCACCUCAUGGUGCACACAAUGUGGAAGUUUAGGAUGGACCCUGACAAUUCAGCAAUUCCUUAUCUAACUGCUCUCGGUGACCUCUUUGGAUCUACUCUGUUGCUUGUUGGGUUCAUACUAAUGCAAGCCAUUGGACAUGAGUAUGAGAAGAAGGGUACUGUAAAGAAGAUAGACUGGACCAUUUCUACUACAACUCCUUCUAGUAACUUAAAAUUUGGUUAACGAUAUUAUUGAAGACGUAGAGGAAAAAGUUGCCAUGCCAUUCAAUGGCAAAUGAAAAAGUAGCAAGAUGUUUCUUGUAGAUAACAAAUUAAAUACUUCUUGAGAUAGAAUAAUGAUAAAAAAAUGUUUUUAUUUUUAAAACGUUUUUUUAUUUUUUGAUAUUAUAGUUCUUAUAAUCUAGUCAUAUAUAAGUACUUUUGUAAAUAAAUUGUAAAAAUUAUUUUUGUAGAAUAUUGACGUGUAGCUAUUUUGUAUUCAAAAUAUGUUUUUAAUUACGUGUAAAAUAAUAAAAAGGGAAUUUCACAAAUAUUUUGUAAAUAAUGUUUUCAAUUAAAAAAUCAUAAUUUUUAAAUUAUUUUAUUUCCUUUAAAAUUGAUUAGAAAUAUUAAGUAAUGUGUGGAAGCCAAUGACAUCAAUAAAAAAAUGCUCAAUAGUGUUCCCGUAGUUGUUUAAAUUUUUGUAUAUAAAAACUAUUUAGCAGAAUAAACUAUUCAUAAUUUUCGCUCAAUCUAAACUAUAUUUUUGGAAAUGUUUUUUCAAAAAAGUAUCGCUAACGAACGCAUUAAAUAUUUUUGAAAUCGUGCUUCAACGAGCUUUUUUUUUAAUUUGGUGUCAUCGGCAUCAACUACUAAGGUUAUUAGCAUCAUAUUCAGUGUAGGCUUUGUUACUGUUUCCCAGCGCCACUUUAGGAAUAGCACUGUUAAUUAGAACCCAACAGUGAAUGGUCGAGUGGGGAAUCCUACCAAGGCAUCAGAAUUAAUUUUAAAUAAUUAAAUUAAAUAAAAAAAUCCCGGCCAACGGUGGGAUUUGAACUAAUGAGCUUUUAUUUAAUACCCUACAGUGAUACCCUUCACCUCUACCCUAAAUAAAAGCUCAUUAAAGCACGAUUUCAAAAAUGUAUAAUUAUGUAGGGCCUACACGAUAGCAUAUCAGAAAUUGUUUUUACUAAUUUUACCAAUUCACCCCUUCCUCAAAACUGAUCUUAAGAUAAUAAUAAUCAUAUUGUUUUUAGUAUUCAUGUAUCAUAAACCAUUCGAAGCAAACCCAAAAACGUGCACAAUCGGGUCUUUGGGGUCUAUUCUGUAACUAUAGUUGUUAUCUGGCAACUUUCUAACCACUCGCUAUCUUACCACUUUCGUAGCAACUGUAUAUAACAACUUUGACAAAAGUAGCUAUUAUGAAGACUAGAGAGAAGGAGGCGAAUCGCCAAUGGUCAAAUUUCAAAUUUCC